CGCCGGGGCUCCGGAGAGGCGCAGCUCGCCGGUCCCCGGAGCCGCCCUGCUGCCGCCGCCUGCUUCCUGCGCUGGCGGUGAGCCCAUCAGUUUCCCCCACAGUGCGCUCCUCGAUCUGGGCCAUGGAUGGUGUUGUUACAGAUCUUAUAGCAGUCGGUUUAAAGCGGGGAUUCGAUGAGCUUCUUUCUUGUGGUGUCACUAACGGCUCUUCUACCAUGAACAGUUCUAGUCCUUCGACAGGUGUAUAUGCUAAUGGGAAUGACAACAAGAAAUUUAAAGGAGAUAGACCUCCCUGUUCGCCUUCCCGUGUUCUCCAUCUUCGAAAAAUUCCAUGUGAUGUCACCGAAGCGGAGGUCAUAUCAUUAGGUCUUCCGUUUGGCAAAGUAACUAAUCUUUUGAUGUUGAAAGGAAAAAGCCAGGCUUUCUUAGAAAUGGCUUCUGAGGAAGCUGCUGUUACUAUGGUAAAUUAUUAUACUCCCGUUACUCCUCAUCUUCGAAGCCAACCUGUUUAUAUUCAGUAUUCCAAUCACAGAGAACUUAAGACUGACAAUCUGCCUAAUCAAGCUAGAGCCCAAGCUGCACUGCAGGCUGUCAGUGCUGUCCAGUCAGGAAAUCUGGCCCUUCAUGGAGCUCCGUCAAAUGAAGCCACAGUCCUACCUGGGCAGAGCCCUGUACUCCGAAUAAUUAUUGAAAACCUCUUUUACCCUGUCACUCUGGAAGUUCUUCAUCAGAUAUUUUCUAAAUUUGGCACGGUCUUGAAGAUUAUCACCUUUACAAAGAAUAAUCAAUUUCAAGCACUGCUUCAGUAUGCUGACCCAGUGAAUGCACAUUAUGCCAAAAUGGCUCUGGAUGGCCAGAAUAUCUAUAAUGCAUGCUGUACUCUGCGUAUUGACUUCUCCAAGCUCACCAGCCUUAAUGUGAAAUAUAAUAAUGACAAAAGCAGAGACUUCACUCGCUUAGACCUUCCUUCUGGUGAUGGCCAGCCAUCUCUUGAACCCCCUAUGGCUGCUGCUUUUGGUGCACCAGGUAUAAUAUCUUCACCAUACACAGGGGCUGCUGGAUUUGCCCCAGCCAUUGGAUUUCCUCAAGCUACAGGUCUGUCAGUCCCAGCUGUUCCUGGAGCCCUUGGUCCGCUUACACUCACCUCCUCUGCUAUCACUGGAAGAAUGGCCAUUCCUGGGGCGAGUGGUGUACCAGGAAAUUCUGUUCUACUUGUCACCAAUCUCAAUCCUGAUCUUAUCACGCCACAUGGACUUUUUAUCCUGUUUGGAGUAUAUGGUGAUGUACAUCGAGUGAAGAUAAUGUUUAAUAAAAAGGAAAAUGCCUUGGUUCAGAUGGCAGAUGCACACCAAGCCCAGCUAGCAAUGAACCAUCUAAGUGGUCAGAGACUUUAUGGAAAAGUGCUCCGUGCUACACUGUCCAAACACCAAACAGUUCAGCUUCCUCGAGAGGGACAAGAAGACCAAGGUCUGACUAAGGAUUUCAGCAAUAGUCCUUUGCAUCGCUUUAAAAAGCCUGGCUCUAAAAACUUCCAGAAUAUUUUUCCACCAUCAGCCACGCUGCAUCUUUCCAACAUUCCCCCUUCUGUUACAAUGGAUGAUCUGAAGAACAUUUUCACAGAGGCUGGAUGUUCAGUGAAGGCUUUUAAAUUCUUUCAGAAAGAUCGCAAAAUGGCACUCAUUCAGUUAGGAUCUGUGGAAGAAGCAAUCCAGGCCCUCAUUGAACUUCAUAAUCAUGAUCUUGGAGAAAAUCACCACCUCAGAGUUUCCUUCUCAAAAUCUACAAUCUGAUUUUCUGUGAAUUUUUCUCCUAAAACUGGACCAUAGUGACAGUAAAACCUUCAGACAUAGACUGAAGCAGUUCAAGACCAACUCUGCCUCUUUCACAAAAAUAACUCUGAGUUUGAUAUUUAAAUAUAUUAAAAACAUGAGAUAUUCUUUUUCUUUUCUUUUUCCCCCUGCUGGUAUAUAAUCAAAAGUUUGUUUUCCUUUCUACCAUGGUUUCUAUGAAAGUACCUGUAUAAAAAAUGUGUUUUCCAUAAUUUAAUUCCCCACAUUAAAAUCAAUUUCAAGAGGACAGACUUUUUUUUUAGUUUGGGUCAGAUUAGCCUUAUAUGACAUUUCUAAACUCCUUUGUACUUUGAGAGAUUUAAGGAUAUGGACUUUAAAAAUUACUUGAUGUAAGUAAUUUAAAUCACAAUCAAGUUUUUAAGAUUCAAAAGUCUGACCCCUGUAGGAAAUUAUGUUCACUUUUAAAUUAUGUCAAAUAUUUGCCAUAUAAUGAUGGUUGUUAGACAUAAACACAUGAAUUGUAUUGCAAGCAGAUUUAUAAACAUGCAUGUUUUGAUUCUAUGAUUUCAUUUUUAAACUCUUUGACACUCCUUUGAAUAAUGCAUUAUCUUUUUAAGACUUAUUUGGAACAAUGAAGUGUCUCAACUGUGCCCAGGGAAAUUAAGUCAAAUUCAACUAAGAUAUAUUAAGAUGUCAGAAUAACUAAUAAUUUUAUUAGAAAAAUCAUGUCUUAAAUCUCAAAAUGACACUUUUUUGUUGAGUAAUAUAAAUAUGAUAUUGGGAAAUUUUAAAAAAUAAUCCUACUUAUAAACUACUUUUUUAUAAUUGUUUUCAGAAAAAAGUUUACAGUCUUAUGGAAAAUAUUCAGGUCUAUCAUAUGGUUUGACAGAUUUUUUAAAAGUUAUUUUUGGUAAGGUCUUCUUUUAGAAAAGAAUUAAUCUCAAGGGUUUUUUGUACCACUAUCUCUAAUACUUAGAAUUACUGUGUACUUACUUAAUUUCUUAUUAUGUGCCUUAUUAUGUGCUUAAGAUACAAUAGGUUAGAGUUUUAUCUAAAUAUCUUGAAAGCUAUAUUGUGGGCUUGGUGAGCAUUUUGUUUUCUCUUUCUCUGUUUUGGUAAAGAUUUAAAAAGGUUUUUUCAUUGCAAUUUUAAGUGGUUUUCAAUAAGUAAUAGUUUUUAUUCCAAUUUUUGGUGCUUUGGUGCAGAGGUGGGGUAGGGAAGGGUGAAUAAUUUGAGGAAUAUUCAGUGUACACUUGUAGGCCUCUACAUUGUGACUGGUAGCAGUUGUUGCCAGUUAUCACACACCAAUUUGGGGCUGUAGAAUGCAAUCUUAGUUUCUGGGUCUUGUCUAAUCUUUAUUGCCCAUAAGAAUUUGUCUCAGGAUUACUUGGUUCUUCUCAGUACUCAAGUGAGAACUUUGCUUUUCUUUGUUAGUGUAAUUUACUGAGUGCUCACAUAUUUGGGAGUAUAAGAAGGUGGGCUAUUUUUUAUACUCUGUUCCUUUUUCUCUUUUUGGUUGAAUGUAAGUGCAUUUUAAUGUUGCUUCAGUGACUGUAUAAUGUAAAAUUAUUUCUUCUUAACAAGAAACCACUUUUGUUAAUUAUUCCUUCAGUGCUUGAUUAGAUUUUUUUAAAGCAGAAUUUAUCAAAAGGAUCAACUUAAUCCACCCCUUUUACACUUUUUGUAUUUUUUUAAGUGGCUCAUCUCAACUUUAAAAAGAAUAUCUCAAUCUUUCUGCUGUAUUCCAACCAUUAAUUUGAACUUAGGGAGGUUUUUUAAUUUAAAAAAUAUUGCAAAAAUUUAGAGAUUGAAAGAGACAUAAAAUCAGAAUUCACUCAACACCAAGCAACAGUUAGUUGGUAGAAUAGGAAAAGAUGACACUAAGUAGAGACCUUUCAAAUGAUCAGUUUAGUAUUGGCCAAAUAGGCAUAAUCAUUUACCUAGUUGGGGGGUUUUUCCUUCCACUUUUGAAAUAUAUUUUUACCUACACAAUGAGUAGAGAAAGAAGGGAAAAAUAAUUAAGAAACCUCCCAGGGCCGGGGAUUUAGCUCAGUGGUUUCGCCACCUGCUGCGCAAGCACAAGGACCCGAGUUCGAUCUCCGGUACCAAAAAAACAAAAACCAAAAAAAGAAACCUCCCUAAAUUUGUUCUUUAUUUCCUUCUACACAGGCACUGUUAUAAUAUUCAGUGGCAUGUUAAAUUGGGUUACUUCAUUUGUUUUGAGUUGGGAAUUAUUGUGUAAUUUAUUCAUGAUUCUCAUAACAUCCAGCAUAAGUGUAGCAAAAAUUACUGAUAGCAGAAGGUAAAUCAUAAUAGUGUUGAAUGUAAUUUUGAAGAAGGAGAUGGCCUUUAAGUCUGAGAGAGAACAUUUAAAUCCUUUUCAGGGAUUUGUGUAGAUAGAUGUGUGUGUGUGUGUGUGUGUGUGUGUGUUUGCGCUUGUGUGUGUAUAUAGAUAAGUGUAUAUACAUACAUGCGUCCUUCUAAUGUUGUAUAUACAUAUGCACAUUACAUACAUUUUAAUUUAUUGACAAAGAAUAACCAAAUUAAGAUUUGGAAAAGUGGGAUAUUCUUGUUUUUAAAGAGCAUGUUCAAAGCCAUCAGAUUGUGUUUAAAAUUAGCUGUAGCACAUGGAUGUUGUCCUUAUUGAGCUCUUGGCUGUUUGAAUUAUAGAAGUCUACAGUAUUUGUGUUGGCAUAGCUUUUGUAAAAAAAUUUAAACAUAUCAGGGUGGUGGAAAAAUGGGAUCUGUAUAUUUUUAUUUUGGCAUGGAUUUUUCAGUAUAUGCUAAGGGAUGGUUUGUUUUUGCUGUCGAUCUGCCACAGUAUCCUAUUUUUAAAUUUAUUUACUUUAUUUUAAGGAAUAUUGGUGUAUCAUUUUUUGAGGUAUCUUGACUUUUACACAAAGUAUAUACAUUCAGGACUUUAAAAAAUAGCAGUUCACAUUUAACAAUAGCAAUCUAUGCCGAAAUGUUUUAAGAUUUGAAUAACUUGGGUAGUAGUAAAAUGUUUUAUGUAAGAUACAAAGUAGCAAAAUAUUGUAUUACCUUAAUUGACAAUUUAUUUACUGGAGAGUAUCAGAAUGACCCAGUAGCUCCUACAGAAUGCCAUAAAUUACUUAAGCCUAAAUAUUAUCAGUUAAUCAUAACAAUGUUUGAACUUAGUUUUUAGAGCCGCAAUUUCUUCCAGCCUGAUUCCUUAGCAAGGCCUUCCUUGGCUCCACCUACUAAGCUGAUCCUAGGUUCUGCUUUAGUUGAAGAAUUAGCUCUUAUUGUCAGAUUCCUUGUCAUCAGAUCACUAUGUUUAUAUUUUAAUAUACUGUUAGGAAGUUUCUUUUCUGUUUCCAUUAAAUAUUUUUGGACAAAAAAGUGACAAACUUGAAAGUAUGUGUUCUUUUUCUUCCCCAGCAAAUCACUGAAAUACCUUGUUUGCCAAACUGUCAGCCUUUUUAAAAAUAUAAUGUGUACUGCUAUUUUUAAACCAAAAAGAGACAGCAACUAUGUGUAAUACAUUUUUCUUACCCUUUCCUUUGUCUCAAUCUGUUAUUAAUGAAAAUAAAACUGCCAGACCUAAACAAAUAUGAUUUAGAUUGCACAAAAUUUUGAAGUGUAACUCAGCUGUCUUUCACAAGAAUUGUGUUGUUAUCUACAAGACUAUUACAGUCUUUUUUCGGAGCAACUUCUAACAGCUAGUUGUGAAUGGUUUAAAAAGUAGGAGAUUACUAAAAUCCUAAUUUGGGGGGUUUUAUAAAAAGAGAAAAACAAAACAGGACCAAAGUCUAUGUGCCUUCUUCAGUAGUCUUAAUUGACCUUUUCUUCCUAUUUGAGACUAAGGUAGUAUCAGUAUUCUGAUUUUCAGGAAGUAUGUACUAUGUAGUUUUAAGAGAAUGUUAUCCCACAAACUAGUCAUACAAGCAAAUAAUUGUAACUCUGUAAAUGCAUUCUCUGUUACACUUUUGCCUUGAUCACAUAAUAUUCAUUAUAGAGCUUUUGCUGGUUCAAGAACAGAACUGCUCUAAAUCUUUGUGGUAGUCACCUUAGUUUUUGAAAUCUGAGGCAUAUGUUCCAGAGAACAGGGAUAUUUGUCUGGUCCAGUGACCUUGGUGAUAAUGGUGAUGAUUGAAAGCUGCUUAAGGCAAGCUCAACACUGUCAACAGAUUUUUGUUGUUGUUAUUUUUCACUUGUUGGAUUUAUAUAGUAGUUGUAAUAACAUAUUUAAAUAGCUAUUUUUUGGUGUCAUUUAAAAAAAAUCAUACUCUGGCCUUUUUUUCCAUUUCCAUUAUUGUUACCCAGAUCUUUAAAAAAUUCAUCCCACAUCUAGAAAGUACUAAUUAUAAAGAUUGUUGACCAGGCAAAGUUUUACAUCAAAAUGUCACCUCAUUGCUCUGACCAAAGACUGACUGUUCUGGUUUUAACUCCUCUAUCAAGCAUUUUCCCCGAGCUCCUUUCUGAAAGACCCAGUGCAAAGCGGCCUUUACUUCCUAUUUCCUAUUAGUGAAUAGACUACUUAAAGAAAUGGGAGUUUAAACAUGAACAGAAUGGACUAGGAUGACAAGAGUUUGAUGGGCAUUUUCAGUACUGUAUUCAGAAAAAAUAAAUAGCACAGCUAGGAGCCUCUGACAUUGUCUUGUGUUUUACGCGGUCUGUUCAUAAAAUUCCCUUUUUCAGUUUGUAAGAAUGUUCACCUAACAGAAGAAAAUGCUGUAAAUAUUUGUAACAACUUUUUUUUAACCAGGCCAAAAAAGAAAAAAAAGGUUUUGGGAACAAGUUAACAUAUAAAGUGGUUUUAUAUAAAACAUCAAUUGUCUUGUAUAUUUUGAUAAGCAGCAGUACCAGCUUUCAUUUGUAAUACGGUUUGUGGCAUUGGAAGAAAAGGAUUCUGUGAUCGUUGAAGUGAAUUAUGUUAUAAAUGCAAAGAGAAGAUAAAAUAUUAAAAGCAUAUUUUCUAAAUG